AUGACUAUCUCUACUCCAUCAUCUACUCAUACUAUUGACACAGACGUGUGUUUAUUCGAUCUGGAUGGUACUAUCGUGGAUACAACAAUUGCUGCUGAAUCUACAUGGAGAAAAUUAUGCAAGCAAUAUAACGUUGACCCUGAAGAAUUGUUUAAAGUAUCUCAUGGUUCAAAAUCUGCUGAGAUGCUAGCAAGAUUUUUCCCUGAUUAUGAUAAUACAGACAAUAAAGGGGCAAUGUUAUUAGAAAAAGAUAUGGCCGACAAUUAUCUGGAUACUGUGAAACUUGUUUCUGGUGCUAAAGAAUUAUUAUUGGCAUUGGAUAGAAAUCCAAAGGAUUCUGCUGUUAAUUAUAAAGAUCAAAAUAAGAGAAGAUGGGCCAUUGUCACCUCUGGUUCCCCAUAUCUGGCCUUCUCUUGGUUCUCUAAUAUCUUAAAGGAAGUUGGAAAACCUGAUGUAUUCGUCACUGGUAACGAUGUUUCAGAAGGGAAACCACAUCCUAUGGGUUAUAUGAGAGCUCGUGAUGAAUUAUCAAAGACCUGGAAUUUCGAUAUCCCAUGCCGUUCAGUAGUCUUUGAAGAUGCUCCAGUUGGUAUUAAAGCUGGUAAUAGUAUGGGUGCUAUAACGAUAGGUAUUGCCUCAUCAUAUCCACCUGAAAAACUAGCAGAAAUUGGCGCAAACUUUGUUGUUAAAGAUUUAUCUCAAGUUUCCGUGGUAGAAAAUCCUGCAGAUGGUAGUAUUAAAUUGGAGAUAAGAAAUCCAUUAUUUACAAAUUAA